GAGUACAGUCGAGUAGUCCUUUAGCGGGUUCUGUCCUGGAAUGCGCGCGCGCUCCCGAGGCACUCCCUACGCCGCCGCCACCGUCACCCUCGCGCGCGCGCGCGCGCACGCACGGGAGCCCGCCGGCAGGUCUGCUGGGAGAGCGAGGAGGAGGCAGGGCGACGUUUCGGGGAAUGAUGGCGCUGAGCUGGGAGAAGAAGGGACAACUUUGACACGGUUAAACGGCGACGUCGUGGGCGAGCAUUCGGCGCCUCACGCCAUGAAGCGAAACGGAGAUGCCCUCGCCAUGUGCGUUUAAUCGAAAAAAGCUCCGGCGGACCCAUGACAUGGCUGCGUUGAGGUGAAGACUUAAUUCACCGCCAGGUAUCUUUUGAAUUGAAAGUCAGGAAAGAGACACAAAAAAAAACACGCCAACAUGAUCCAAGCAGAAAGUAAAGGAAGUGAGAGGACCCUGAGGAGCGCCUCCCCCCACAGAAAUGCAUACAAGUCCGACUUCCAUGCUAUCAAAUGCUCCUUUGAUGGCUCAAAAUCAGAAGGUGCCGCCAAAGCAUAUGCAAAUGGUUCCAGCGACGGCCGCGAGGACUCCCGGGGGAGGCCCUUUGGUACCAGGGUUAACAAGAUCAAGAACAUAUUCCUGCAGAUGGACGGCCAGCAGCAAGAGGAGCAACAGCAAGAGGUGAAAGCGGCUUUGAAGUCCGACGUUCCCCAGGUGACUCCUCCAAAGCAACAAGUUCCAGUCGGCUCACAUCGAGUUAACUUCAACAGCCUGACAAGCCCGGAAUCUCUCCAUUUAGAUAAAACUCCCAAAGGGGAGGAUGUGGAGAUCGACAAAGUGGCUUUGGCGGAGAAGUUUUCCGUGACUAGGAAAAUAUUUGAGAGGGGCAUCGCCGAGCAGCCCGCUGUUGACAAGCACUCGCCAAACAGAGUCGUCAACCGUCUGUCUUUCGGAAGUGCGUCUGAUGAGGCGAAAACCGCACGGAGGGCGUCGGGAUCUUCGGAGACUUUCAAACCCGAGCACUCUUCCACAUCGGGGGUGAAAUGCCGAGCGGAAGCCGAUCAUGAAAAAAAGAAAGUGUCGCUAAACGCGGGGCCCGUGUCAAAACGGUUGGAGAAUUUUAUGGCCGGGCCCGACUCGGAGCGUAACGACGGAGCGGCUGCCAAAGUGGGGACAAUGACUGUGAACUCAGACGGUACGAGUGAACACUCACCCCACAGUCCUCCGACAAAAGGCAGCUUACACAAAGCCACUUCUGUUAAAGAAGCCGCUAACGCUUCACCUGGAGCCGACGGCGCCAGCAAGAACACGCCGAAUCCGACGUGUGCCGUGAACGCAUCCUCGGGGUCAAGUAGUGGACUUAAAUCUGCAUUCCCGGUGACUCACGCAGCUCACAAAUCAAAUUCUCCCGCCACCGACGGCGUUCCCAAACGCCCGUCGCCGGAGCCGACCGGCCCGGUUAGCCGCGGCGCCGAGCGGCGCUCGUCGUCCACGGAUGGACCGUGUCGGACGUCUGUCGUUGGGGAUAAAAGCAAGGCUAGUAAUUCGGCCCCCGCGUCCACCGAGAAGGCCCAAAGUAAAGACGGUUCAACGAAAGGCCCAACCGGGCAAAAGACAACCGGCAAGACCUCGUCAAUCGAUUCCGGAGGAGCGGGCGUGGUUCGAGCCGAGCUCGUCGUGGUUCAGAAUGAAUCUUCGGGGAGUGAGGAAAACGAGGAGGAAGACGUUGACGACGACGUUUUUCUUACGCAAAGAGACAAACGCCUAUCGGAUGCUCAAAUGAAUAAAUGUCAAGCGGACAAACGGAAUACGAACUCUCCCGAUCGCACCGCGGCAAGGGGCUCGGCCAAAACGAAAGCGGCGGACUCGGUCUCAGAUAGCGACGGACGACGCGGAAUCAAAGCGCGGCACGUGGAUAAAGAUGAUGAGCGUGAGGACGGCGAGCUCGAGGAGCAGCGGGGUCAAAAGACGGUUGUGAACGGAGCCCCCGUUUAUGGGAUCGAGAAUGCGGCCUUUGUGGAUGACAAGGAUGUAGACCAGGUCCUCCUGGAAGAAGAAGAGGAAGAGGAAGAAGAUGAAAAUGAGGAGGAGGAGGAAAUGUACAGGGAGUACGAUGACUGUUAUGAGGUCCCAGGACUGUCUGAUGAAGACGAAUCGCCACCGAAGAGGAAAAUCAAGUUUUCCACCGAUCCCAUUCUGGUCUUCAGUACCUUCUCCAAUGAGGAAUACGAUCGGCGCAACGAUGACGUGGACCCCGUUUCGGCGUCUGCUGAAUAUGAGCUGGAGAAGCGAGUGGAGAAGAUGGAUGUCUUCCCGGUGGAAAUUGAGAAAGGGGACAACGGCCUCGGCAUCAGCAUCAUCGGAAUGGGAGUGGGAGCUGACCAGGGACUGGAGAAGCUCGGCAUUUUCGUAAAAACCAUAACAGAGCAGGGAGCAGCUGAGAAAGAUGGACGCAUUCAGGUGAAUGACCAGAUCGUGGAGGUGGAUGGCGUCAGUCUGGUGGGUGUCACCCAACUCUUUGCAGCAACUGUUCUCAAGAACACCAAAGGCACCGUGAGGUUUCUGAUUGGUCGGGAAAAGCCGGGGACCCAGAGCGAGGUGGCCCGCCUCAUCAGUGAGACACUGGAGCAGGAACGAAACCACCAUCACCAAGAGCAGCAGCAUCAUCAUCACCUGGAUGAUCCUUAUGAACAUUCCACAGAGGAGGAGGAGCGCUUUGAGGACGACGACGCAGUGAAUGAAAGGAUUCUUGGCUCCAAUUUUUCUCCGGGGCGGAAAGUCGAAGUAUUUGAGCUGCCCGACUCCGAGGCUUUGUUUAUGCCGACUAAUAUGGACAGUUCUCAGAUGGCCUUCAAAUUUAAAGAGCUGCAGCUUAAACACAGCAUCGCAGCAGCCGAAAUUAAUCAACUGAAGGAAAAGCUUAGGGAAUCCGAAGAGGACAAAUCGCUGUGGGAAGCCAGAGAGUCUGCGCUGGAGCAAAAGUUUGAGGACAGUACUGAGAAAAUCCUCAAGUUGGAGAGUUAUUGGCUAGAAACUCAGGCUCUGUGCAAGACAAUCAACGAGCAGCUCGCAGAAACCCAAGCCCAGUAUGAGACGUUGGACAAGAAGUACAACAAAGCCAAGAAGCUUCUCAAAGACUACCAGCAGAAAGAAAUCGACUUUGUGAAGAAAGAGGAAGAGCUGAAGAAGAGUAUCGAUGAAAAAGAAAAAUUGUACAAAGAACAGCUGGAGAGCUUGCAGAAUAGGAUAGUUGUCCUGGAGUCUGGGGAAGCUUCGGGGGUAGAUCUCCAGAACUCAGCCGAAGAUCGCCUGAGCUUCCAAACCCCGGUCCCGGAUAACAAAUCAGUGGACUCACUCGCAGAGGAAGACUGGCACGAGCUGGUCCCCGAGACGGAGCUGUUGGACACCAGCGCGCACAAAGCAAAAGGCCUGCUGGCACAGAAGGCCAAACGUCAGCGUCCCUCUCGAAGCAAACUGAAGGAGAGUCUCGCCGUUUCCCCGAGCCGCUCGCAGGAAACGGAGGAGGAAGAUGACUGGGAGGAGCAGGAACCUGCCCGAAGAAGCUCCAUCCAGGAGAGCUUGUCGCUGCCGGUGCCCGUCUUCUAUCCCGAGAACGAACGCGCGGAUGAGACCAAAGAGGAACCGACGAAGGCCAAGGCCGAGCUCUCCAACAGCCCGUCUUCAUCUUUAUCGCCGUCGCAGGGGGGCAGUAUUGAAAGCAGCGGAGGUCUGUCUUUGUCCCCUCAAAAUGACAUCGCGGCAGCAGGAACCCCUUCUGGAAGUAUGCAAAAUGUCAAAAAGAAAGAGGCAAAAGUCAAGGAAAAAGUGCUCAAAGAUGAAUUAAAUGAACCCGCAUCGGCUACAAAACCCAAAAGACGAUUUCCUGACUUUGGGGGCCUGCGGAAGUCGGGCGGCAAAGGAAGAAAACACGACAAGGGGGCAAUGAGGAUGUCUCUGGACAGCAGGGGGUCGGCAGAGUUACUGGAAGAAUCUGGCGGCAACGUGUCGCCCGCAGAUUCCAUGACCUCCAUCCCAACCUGUAUGCCCUUCUCUUGGUUCGGAGACAAAGAGAAAGACCGAGACAGGGAGCCGUCUUCCUCCAGCAGCAGCUUGCCCUACUACGCUGACGGCACCGAGCCAAGCCAAGAUCGCAAGAACAAGACAAAUCUCUCCUGGCCGUCUUUAUUCAGUCACUCAUUAGAUUUGAGUUUGUCAGUCAUAGAUGAUUGUAACCCCGCCGGUGCCGCUUCAGACAUCUCUGGGUUAGUCACUGAACCCAACCUGUCUGGGCGCUCACACACUUUAAUCUUCUCUUCCAGCGAGACUCUGGAUGAUGAGCCACUUGCCGCAGGAAAGGAAUACCAGUGGCAAAACCGUCCCGUCGCUGACUGGACCGGUCAACAGGUGUGUCACUGGUUAAUGGGCAUGAACAUGGACCAGUACACGGCUGAAUUUACCGCCAAGGGAGUCGACGGGCAGCAACUUCUGCAGCUGGACAGCGACAAGUUAAAGGCGCUCGGGGUGUCCAGUCAGAGCGACCGUUCCACCAUCAAAAAAAAGCUGAAGGAAAUGCGCAAGGCCCAGGAGAAGUUGGAAAAGCAGCGAGAGAAACGAGAGAAGGAGAACCGCCGAAGUGGACGGCUACCCAUCAAUACCGACUCUGUCUGCUGAAACCGGUCCAGUUAGCUCCC